AUGAAACGUGAGCAUAAAGAGUUUUUAGAAGAUAUUGCAAAUAAAUCCGGUUCACCGACUACAAUCGAAAACGGUUUCAUCCGUGAAUACGACUGCUACUUUUGUGAGAGAUUGCAUAAUAUAUCUCAACCCAAAUGGUUUACACAUGAUACGGCUGAAAGACUUCGUCGUAUUCAACGUUCUGUCCUGGAAUAUCGGUUGUGGAAAUUCGAUUUUGAUUUGCAUUCACAAUUGAUCAUCUAAUAUGGAAUCGCGGAAUACUUCGGAACUAAUCAUGAAUUGAAACGACUACGAUGUGGUGCAGUGUUGAGUGAUGUUUUGAGCAAAUUGAAAGUGAAAUGGGAUUGCUUUAAUGAUUUGAACAUUAAUAAUAACACCAAACCGGCAUGCUAUUGGUAUAAUAAUCUCAGAUUCGAUGCAUUAUCAGCUAUAUGUCGAUUGCUUCGUCACGAUAUCACGAUAAAUGCUCUAAUGAUAGCUCUGAACUGCGAGUCGAACGUACUGGGUAAAUUGUCAGAGAUUGGUUAUGGGGCAAAUGUCGCUUUUGAAUUGCACCUCAUCAAUAAUCAACCCUAUGUGAAGAUAUUAUACGCGAAAAAUUAUGCAUCUGAACGUCGUGCGAUAACGCGGUUGGUACGUGGAUGUACGGAAACGGACGAGUAUUGUCCCUUAUCCAAGUUUAUAUCUGCGCAGAAAGCGUUCGUACCGACAGACAUCCAAAAGGAAUGUUCCAUUUGA